CAAGCACCAUUGCCCCAACACACGACAUUCCCUGGAUACGCCGACUGCCGUGCUCUGCUUCCUGGAUCUGGCUACGCACUCGGAUGUAGCUCCGUUUGAGUAGGUACUAACAGUAGUCUACUUAGACGGUGGUAUUUCCACGCGCAGCGCUCCAAGAUUCCCCAGUACUCGAGCGAGUUAAGACCCAUUGCACCGACGCACGCGCGUAAGCUGCAAAAGGAACGUUGCACCAAGACUGCAAGCAUUGUAUGAGGAAGAACGUGUGAGGAGAGUAUAGGCAGAACCUGCCAACAUUACAUACGGCGACCCGUUGCCGCAAGUGCAGACGGCUGCAGUCAGCGAGGAGGGAGAGGCAGGCACGGGCUUCAUGGAGCGCCUUUGCAGUAGGCAGCCCCGUAGAUUGCCUUGAGGAGGUCACUCCUUAACUCAACCACGAUGCCUUCGUCAGAUGGUGAAGACAAGAUUACACGCACAACGACGGACGAAGGCAGCAAGAACGACCAGGCACCGCGCUUACUGGCCGAUAAUGGCAGCAAAGGCGAGGGAGGCAAGCAGUCACUGCCUCGUGACUUACCCGCAUCAGCAAACAAGAGCAAGCACGUUCUCUCCUUCCAGCCGGGUGGGGAUUUUCGACGCUUGGCCAAGAAAUACCGCACGGAAAUCGCAGCUUCCUCAUCCAGCGUGCUUUCCACGUUCGUCGCUUUUCCGCUCGACUUCGCCAAGAGUCGCAUGCAGAGCUACGAGACUGGCUUUCUCGCUACGAUAAAGGAUGCAUACAGAGCCGAAGGCCUCCGCACUUUCUGGCGUGGUGUCGGUCCGCCUCUGGUCAGUGUUACCGUGGUGCGCACUUUCAGCUUCAGCAUCUAUCAGCGCGCCAAGUACACCAUCGACGGGUUAAUGAAGCGAUUCACAGGCCACAGUCCGCUGCAUAUUGCGAAUGCGCCAGGAAGCUAUCCAAACAUCUACACCUUGGCUUGUUUCGGGACGGCAGGCGCAGUUGCUGGUGCUAUCAUCACCACACUCAGCUGCCCGUUUGAACUCACCAAGCUCAAUGAGCAGUUGGCCGGCAAAGAGGCGCGUGAAAAAGCAGUGGCACCUCCAGCCAAUGGCGCCAAAUCGCCACGCACACCUCCCUCAAGUCAUCUGGACGGCAAGACCGGCUCCUGGAACACCGCCCGCCGCCUCAUCCGCGACCGCGGUUUCCAAGGCCUGUACGCAGGCUACAAGCUGCACCUCCUCCGUGACACCAUCGGCACUGCAAUCUACUUCACUACCUACGAAUCGGCCAAACAGCUCAUGGCGAACGCGCGGGGUAGGAGCCCGACGAGCCCCUACGCCGUGCUGGUCGCAGGUGGUCUAUGUGGGAUACUGACAUCCACCCUGAUUUACCCAAUCGACGUGGCGAAGACACUGUAUCAGAAGGCCUUGCUCUCCGCCGGAAGCGCGCAUACGCCUGUGCCGCCGAUUCGAGUCUUUCAAGUUGGAGCAUACAGAGGACUGGGAGUCUCUGUCAUCCGAUCCUGCUUCGUGAACAUGAUCUUCUUCAGCAACUUCGAGAUGGUCAAGCGGUACAUUAAUGCAUUGGAUUGAAGCUUCGAUUAGCAUGGCGUAAGGACUCUUUCCCAGCAUAGCGCUGCGGGUUGACGAUACCAUGGGUACCAAACAUUGCUGGCGUUCGAAUAUGGGAAUGGGAAUGGGAGGAAUGCCGGUCGAGGAUACCUCCUGGCUUGAUUACUUAGUGUGGCGCCUAGCUUUGAAGCAUCCCAAAAACGAAAACCGGCGACGUCCGAGAACUUCACACUAUCCCAAUGCCAUAGCGCCUUCACAGGCUGCCGUUAUAAUAUCGGAUGUUAUGGCCACGUCGAAACAAGAUUGAGAUCUAUGGCAG